AUGUCCUGCAACGUAGCAGCCGCUGAACAGAGCGUGAGCGGUCUAACGGACAAGAUCCCAGCAAGCACAAUGCCAUCUAAGGACCCCCGAGAUUUAUGGGAGUCAUUGGUGUUCGUUGUUCAGCUGCUGGAGCCACUGCAAGUUCUUUCAGGUCUGCUGUGGCUUUGGGGAGAUCGCGCAGAGACCCUGGACGGGUGUGCAUGGCUGGAGACAGCGUACGGGCAUGACUGGCUGGAGAACGAGGCCAAUGAAGAUUACGGCCUGGUCGAGAAUAUGAGCUCCACGAGUUUCUGGCAUUCGCAGCAUCAGCACACCCACACCAUCCCAAACGAACACUCACCGGUUACCCUCCCAGAUACCACCUUCCCCACUUCCCCCGCUGCAGACGCCCCUUCAGGAAUAACGGCCCCUGCAAUCUUUGUGAUACUAAUCAAAGACGUAUUCGUAGCCACGAACUCACACGUUUUGUGCAGAUUUGUUGUGGAGGAGGACUGGAACGUUGGCGUGGAGGAGGACUGGGACAUUGGUGUGGAGGAGGACUGGGAUGUUGGCGUGGAGGAGGACUAG